GCAGCCCAUCAAAAGACAACUUGUGUUUUUCUUUUUUUUUUUCACUCGCGGUCGCGCGAGGACAUCGCAUCCCUACUGCUUCAUAUUUCACUGGCGCUUUUAAAGUCGGCGCCUUGAAGAAGAAUCAAGAAGGACGACAGUUCGUUUCCGACUGAGCCAUGAAGCGGAUCUCUGCGUUGUGUUCGCUCAUUGUCCUCGUGAUAGUUGGAUGCCUCGUCGUCGACAGCCAGGCUUACCUUGUUCACGAGAUACCUGAGGAGAAUGACGAAAUAGCGCGCGGGAAGCGCCAGGAGAACGGUGCGUCCUACAUCGACAGUAUAUUCAACAUCCCUAUCCAAGCGAUAAAGUCGACGUCAACAGCAGCACAGAAUUGGUCCCCACAGAAUGCCGGAACAAUCGAUAGCGUGCUGAAGAUUCCAAUUACAACGCUCGAAGCUGUAAGUCAGCUGAUAAAAAACCGUCAACAAAAUAAACACCAAGAGACUACACCACUGAGUGCUGCAUCACGACCAACUCGUCAACCACAGCGUCGUUACGACAACCCAACGACGAUUUCAAGUGAAGAUAGCCAUCGUCUUGGCGAAGAAGCCAAACGUUUAGUUGAGGUUGAACGUGAAAGACAACGCGAGGUAAUUCGUCGACGAGUCGAUGCCCAACGCGAACAACAGCGUCUCUACAUCGAACAACUGCACCGUCGGCGUUUCGCUCAACUGCAAAACUACAACGAUCAAAUGCAGCAACAGAUUACGAGUGCAGAUCAGCGUGCUCAUCAUAAAUUUUAUCGUAAUCCGUUCGGCUUCAACGCUUUAACCAAGUGGAUCAUCGGCAAUAAUCCACAGCACACCUUCAAUGGACAUGCAGGCAACGGCGACGGACAUGUAUAUCAGUACUACAACGAGCAGCGGCCUCUUCAUUUUGGACAUCAUCAAGAACUGAAUCGACCCGUCCCAACAAAACCAACUCCGCCAUCAUUAAGUUCUACAACCGUUGGAACAACAACAAUAUCAACAAGUACCUUGUCAAGUCCAACCUCGACCUCAACAACAAGCACGACUGGAGCACCAAGUCAUUCGUAUCAAGUAUUCGAGAUCGUCGACGAAGGUGCUAAUCCAUUCACUUGGCCAAACUGGUUGGGCGUUAUAAAUACGCUUGCAAACAAUUCACCUCAGACCUUCCUUAAGAAACAGAAGAACGCUUUUGACGAACCGUUGCAGAAUAAAAUUGCACCGAAAUACAACGACUACUACAAGAUCAAGUAUGUUGAGGCUAAGAAAAAGGCUCUCGAGGCUGAGAUUACUGGCAAUGAGAUUGACGGUGAUGUUGCAUCUGGUGAAGCCAGGAUAGUACCUGCUGAAGGAAAAGUACUGUUUCCUAGUAAAUGAAACAUUUUAUUCAAAUUUUAAUUUUCUUUCUGUUUGACGUGAAGACUUGACGAUUUUUAAAGAGAUCGGCUCUCAAAAUUUUGUUUAUUUUUUACUUUUUGAUCAGCUGCUUGACGGUUCUUUCGUUUUCAUAACGUAUUUCAAAAUUAUUGAAUUUCGAGGUGAUUAAAUCGUUCAAGCAACUUUUUUUACUACUGUGAUCCUUACUUUUUAGAUUUUUUAUUCUUAAAAUUUUUCAAAUCGAUAAUAACACAUUAAUAUCAAAAUAUGAUGAAUUUGGAAAAAUAUAUUUUGAUCAAAUCCGAGUUAAUAUGCAAAAUUUUCUAUUCAUUUUUAUUUUCACAUUCUGCAGAAAUUGCAUCUUAAGGAAUAUUUGCAUUUAUUAUCUUAGAUCGGCCGCAGUAAAGUAUUAUUAAAAUAGAUGUAACACCAUUUUUAUGAUGUUUCCUAAUAUUCGCCAUAGUAAAAGGAUUCAGAAAGGGAAAAAAAUGUGGGCCAGAAUGCUUGUGUUUAUGGAUGCUUUUAUUGCGUGCAUUAUAUUAUUUAUAACUAUGCAUGCAGUUCUCGAGAUGAAUAUAAAAUAAUCUCCUGACCCAUAUGAAGUUAUGGUAAUCUAUCACAACUCUGUUUUUUCCUCUACAUACGCGAAGUAAUUACGCAGAUCCAUGACGCACACUCCAUUCUCGUUUUAUUCACGUAGCACAAUAUAAAAAGUCGCAAUAUUAUAGAAACAAAUCGUCAAGUCUUCGUUAACUUGUUUUUUGCCAACGAAAAAGACAAAUGAACGUAACUGCCAUGUAAAACUGCCUAUUUUGCAUUGUCGGUAAACAGUGCAGUUUCAAGAACAUGUUUUCCAAAAAGGUAAAACUAAUAAGAGACAACGUAAGUGGCGGCGACCUUGGCCCAACGUAAAAUGAAAAAAAAGAAAGAAAAGUCAAGUGCUCGAGCGCGUCAUACUUUUUACGACCCUCAAGAAAAAAAAAAGUGAAGAAACGAAGAAGAAGAAAAUUACCCAAGCGCUCGCGAAUAAUAAGCCAAUUGAUAUACGACUGCCCUCCUCUUUGUAUUUGUAAUUCCUUUCUCGUAAAAAAGGCAGUGCAGACAAUUGACAACUCAUGUACAUUUCACACCUUGUAUUAUAUUGCACAGAUAUGCCACCUACAUUACGUACACAUCCAUACAAAGAUACAUUUACACUUACACACACAUCUUGCGUAGCAUUUAAGCGUAUGUAUUAUUGCAUUCCAAUCGUGUAAAAGACACGUAAAUGUUCCAUCAUUUAAAAUACACAUAAUCCUGUAAGUCUAUCCCUCUCAUUUCUUUAUACGGGUAGAUAAGUUUGCAAUAAAAAAGAAUUUUCUUGCGAAAUUUUGCGCGCAGAAGACAAGCUAAUAAGAAGGAUCUUAAACGAAAAAAGCAUUGCGAAAACAGCGCUGGACAUUGUCAAUCGCGGUACGCGCCAGAAGCUCUUUUAUUGAGAGCAUAUUCGCCACGUGAUCUUCUUGCCAAUAUUCUCUCGUCUGUUGGAACUGAAUCCGAAUGCGCAUUGUUUAUUUAUAUUAAACCUUAAAACGAGCUCGCUUGACAACUAUUCAUCAGCUAUCGCUCAAGAAAAAUUGUUGAAAAUGAAAAAAUUUGUUACUGUUGCUUCACGUUUGCAGAGUAGUGCGGCAGCAAUUUUCCAUACUAUAUUGCUUAAGAACAAGCUAAACUGAUUUUUACGACUUUGAACGAUAAUACUAUUUUAAAGUCGUGAAUCGCAGUUAUCCGUAUAUGAUUUAGUUUAUAAUAAUAAUUAUUAUUCAAAUUCAUAUAACUGUAUCAAAUUUUUUAAAUAAUUCAAGAUCUAGAAA